AUGGAAUUGAAAUGCGACUUUAGGGUGGAAUAUCUUAGGCACUUUUCCAAUUGUAUAUCAUCAUUAAGUAGACUGUCACUCGCUUCCAAAAGCGAUACACACAGCUAUGUCAAUUUCACACCUACAAAAGUGUAUGCAAACUCACGUAAUCUACAUGGCCUAGAAGGUUACACUGAAAUACCAACCAACAAUAUAUUUCAUGAGAAUCCUGUCAUAAUAAACAAGACCAUUGAGGGGAAUCCUGUAUUUUUGAAACUAGACAUAGUGCGAUUUAAUAAUGUGUUAAGCGCCGCAUCUACUAGUGAUAGAGUGGCUAUAGAGUUGAUUGUGAGGUCAGGGUUGUUAUACAUAAUUGUCAGCUUUGACGAUAUGUACCACUCUAAUAAAGAUAUACCAGUGGAAUCUCUGCCAGCUGAAAUGUUAGAUGGAUGUAUUACCCCCGAUAUACCGCUAUACAAGUGGAAUGUGGCAUUGCCUAAGAUUUGUAAGAUAAUAUCAUUUCUGGAUGCAGCUUUCAAACUGGGCAGUGAAUUUGUCGAUAUUAGCGUUUGUAAAAUGGAUUCUGUUAAAGCAAAUUUAACACUUAUCGCAGACACUGUAAUGGUUAAUUUGGAGAGUAGUUUCAAUGGAUUGAAGUUGUUCAUGGGCGAUGAACCCGUUGACACUAAUGAUAAUAGUUCAAUCGUUCGGACUGUGAAUACCAAGAUCUUUAUUCAGGUCAUGAGGGCGUUGCUAAACCUAACAGGCGAAAGGAAAACACAGUGUGUAGUUUUUGCAACAAUUUCGGACAAUUUCAGUGAGCCUUGGAUUUUCUUAGUCGCAUCUUGUGUGGCAGUUGAAGAAUGUAGAGUUUACCUUACAAUCCCAGUUGUUAAUGAUGAUUUUUAG